UGAAAACAACAAAUUAGCCAACCCGUCCGUCGUCGUUGUCGUCGUUGAUCUCUGCCUGUCAUAUAAUUUUUCUCCGAAAACCAAGUCCAAAUUUUAAGUUGGAUUUUCCCAAAUAAUCUAUUCCUCUUUCAAAGUUUUGUUUCCUCAAUUCACUUCGUCACAAUGUUAACACAAAUCAAAAUGAUUCUUUUAAGCUUCAUUGGUUUGUUUCGCCGAGCUAUGUGCUGUUUUUCCCGGCGUCGAAAACCCUCAAUGUCUGAAUCAGAAUCCCUGCAAUGUGUCAAUGUUGUUGUUGAUAAUAAUUAUCACAUCAAAAAAUCAAAUCAAGGACAAGAUCGAGAUUGGAAUUCUUGGGACGAUGCGCCACGCACAGUCGAAGAACAUAUUGAACAGUACAGACAAAAAAUAGCUAAACCACCGACUCCAAAAGAUGAGGAACCAGAACCGGACUUUUUCAGUGAGAUGACACCUAAAAUAAAACCUCAACUCAAAGUUUAUCUGGGUCAAGACAAGGAACAAGAUAAACGUGAUUUCUCUAGAUUAGAAGCGAAAUCAGAUGUUCCCAUUGCAGUUAACGCUGAUCUAGAAGACUGGAUGGAAGAAGAUCCUGGUGGUUGGGAAGAACUUGAUACCGAAACCACAAAACAAUUAAUUCGAGAAAAACGAAAGGAAUUGCGGCACCAAAAAUAUGCACAUCAGAAAUCAAAAAAUAACAACGGAAUUGUCAAUGAUAAUAGUCCUAGGCACGAGAAUUUUGCUUUACGAAUUGGUUCCAAAAAUACGUAGUACCUACUUAAUUAAGGAAUAGCCAUGGGAAGAUAGUUUUGAUUAGAUUCUAAGCAUUUAUUUGUAUUGUAUUGUAUUACAUAGCCCUUUUAUUUGUUUUGAUAAUGUACAAUUUUUAUUUGUUGAA